AUGGGGCUAAGACCUGAAUUUGUAGAAGGUGUCACUGGUUUUGUGGAGUAUGCAAAGAUACUAGAACCUUUUCAACGUAAUGGUAUGAUUAUGUGUCCUUGUAAUAAAUGUCAAUGUUUGAAUUAUGAAAAAACAAAUAUUGUUGAGCUUCAUCUCUAUCGAAAUGGGUUUAAAAAAGAAUACACAGUGUGGACUAGUCAUGGAGAAAUUGAUAAUAGUUUUGAUGUAUUUCAACAUUAUGUUCCUGGUGAAAGUAGUAGCGCAGUGAAUUCUAAUGCAGAAAAUUAUAGAAUGCAUGACAUGGUUCAGGAUGCGUUUGGGGUGCAUUCUGAUUUUGAAUCUGGUAAUCAAGGUGAAGAAGCUCAUAAUGUUGAAUGUAAAAUUUUCUUUGAACAAUUGGAAGCUGCUAGUCGGCCUUUAUAUGAGGGGUGUCCACACUCGCAAUUGUCUAUUGUUGUUAGAUUAUUAAGUAUCAAAUCAGAUUGGAAUGUUCCUCAAGGGGCAAUGGACUCUAUGAUUGACCUUAUGCAUGAUUUAGUUGACCCAAAUCUAGAGAUACCUGACAAUUUCUAUAAGGCAAAGAGGUUGGUAUCAAAGUUAGGAUUGUCAUCGAUAAGAAUUCAUUGUUGUGAAAAUGGUUGCAUGCUAUACUAUAAGGAUGAUAUUGAUCUAGAAUCGUGUAAGUUUUGUGGAAAAUGUCGUUAUAAGUUGACUCCUAGCGGGAAGAAAGUUCAUGUUAAGGCGAUGCAUUACUUACCUCUUAUACCAAGGUUAAAGAGGUUGUAUGCAUCUAAUAGCUCUGCUCCUCAUAUGAGAUGGCACCAUGAAAAUAGAAGACCACCUGGUGUUAUGUGCCAUCCUUCUGAUGGAGAGGCCUGGAAGCAUUUUGAUAGAACAUAUCCACAAUUUGCAGCCAAACCACGAAACAUUAGAUUGGGUUUGUGUUCAGAUGGAUUCACACCACAUUUUGUUUCUGAUACACCAUAUUCUUGUUGGCCUAUAUUUGUAACACCAUAUAAUCUUCCACCUGAGAUGUGUAUGACCAGUCCAUAUAUAUUUCUCAAUUGUGUCAUUCCUGGACCACGAAAUCCAAAAGUCUUGAUUGAUGUAUACUUGCAACCUUUGAUUGAUGAGUUGAAACAAUUGUGGGUUCAAGGGGUUGAAACAUUUGAUGUGUCUCUUAAGCAAAAUUUUAAUUUGCGGGCUGCCUUAAUGUGGACUAUUAAUGAUUUUCCUGCGUAUGGAAUGUUGUCAGGGUGGAUGACAGCGGGAAAGUUAGCUUGUCCUUACUGUAUGGAAAAUACUAAAUCAUUAAUUUUGAAACAUGAUUGUAAAAAUUGUUGGUUUGAUUGUCAUCGACAGUUCUUGCCAAUGGAUCAUGAGUUUAGGAGUAUGAAAAAUGCAUUCAGAAAGUAUAUUGUUGAACAAAGUUGUCCACCUCCAAUCUUGACUGGAGAACAAGUUUGGGAAAGGGCUCAACACUUUCCAAAGGUCACAGAAGAACAACCAUACAAAUUUGAUGGGUAUGGUGUUGCACAUAAUUGGACAAAACAAAGCAUAUUCUGGGAGUUACCAUAUUGA